UCGGAAAUAACUGUUCCUUUCAAUUCUUGUUUCCGUUCUUUUUGGUGAUUUUUCUCGUCAGUUUUCUCAAGAAAAUGACAGAAAAUGAUAUGGGUUAUUUCAUUGGUCCUUCAGAAGAUUUCUCUGUUUUCCUUUGCAAGCCUAGAUAUGGGUGCUAUUUUUAAAAUUUGUGUGUGUGUGUUUUUUUUUUUAAAUAUAAGUAGCGAUGGGGUAUUUAAGUUUCUCUCUUAAUAAUAUAGAAGCCAUUGCCAUCUACCUCUAGGCCUUCCAUUUUAAUCUUAAUGUGCGCUACAUAAUGGAGUUUGAUUUUGGUAGUGUUCCUAAUAUAUAUCUUCAUACAUUAUUCUUUCCAUCCUUUUCCUUUCUGGGUUUAGAUGUUAGCGUUUUCACCACCAUUGCCUUUCAAAGUUUUGAACGUGAUCUGAUGUAGCGUAUGUGCCUAAUGUAUUGACCACCUAUCUAGCUGGUUAGCAGGAAAUUAUUUAUUUAUCGUUGCUGUGUUGAUAUUCAGGCUUCAAGCUAGUUGAAUGAGUGGAGAUAAGGAUGGGUAAGGAAGCUAUUGCUGAAGUUAGAGUUUCUCUCGAUGAUGUCCGCUACGCAGAUACAGAGGCUGAAUCAAGUAAAAUUGACUUAGUUGUGGCAUUGUCGUCUAAUGGGGAGUCAAGUUCCGAGUUAGUUAUUGUAGAGGGGAUUAUAACAAGAAUGGAAUUAGAUAUGGCAUGUGCUUCAGAGAAGUUGGUUAACCUAAGUGUACUUAUGAUGCACUUGGAAUCCAAGGAAACUGAGUUUGAAACAACUUUCUCACUAGAAGGAGUUACAUCGAUAGAUCCAGAGGAGGCUCUGGAAUUUGAUUUCCUGUCCAGGAUUUUGGAUUCUGAAGUGACAGAAUUGGUUAAGUUCAUGACAAGUACCCAGAAGAAUUUUGUUGAGUCUCGUGAAAUGAUAUCCUCGUACAAGCAUUUGGGAGAAACUUUCAUGGCAAUGGAAGAAAAGUUGCUUGAUUCUGAAAAAUCACUGGAGCAGUCACUAGUUCAAGUCUCAGAAAUUAGGAAGCAUUAUGCCAGGUUCCGGAGGACCUUGUCAUGUCUGAAUGGAGAAGAAAAUUGGAAUGGUAAUGAGGGGUCAAACUUCUCAGAAUGUAACCACUUUGUGGACGAUAAUCUGAACAUCAAGAUGCAAACCGCGGAACAGCAAAGACAUGUUUUAAGGAUGCUAGAGAAAUCUUUGGCAAGAGAGAUGGAUCUUGAGAAAAAGCUAAUUGAAUCAAUACAAAUUGAGGAGGAACUGAAACAUAGGAUACUCUUUACAGAACAAGAAGUAUUCUUUGUGGAACAAGAAGCAAUAGAUGUUUGUGAAAGGUGGUUCACAGCAGAAAAUGCUGCAGAGGUCCUGAUGGGCAUUUCACAAGAACUACUGAGUCGAUUAAAGAUUUUUCAUUUCAAUUUAAAUGGCCUAGUUAAACGAGAAGCUGAACUGAGAACAAAGCUUGAGAAGUCCAUGGGACAGUUGGAAGCCAAAGAAAAUGCUUUACAGAAGUUCAAUAGCAGCAGCGAACUCAGCAACUUUGUUCUAGCACGCACCGAUAGUUUAAAGGCAAGCUUGGUUGAAGCUGAAGAUAAAUUACUUCUUGCAAAUUCUGAGGUCUUAGCUCUAAGAGAAAAAGUGAAUUCCCUUGAGAAGCAUCUGGAGGAAUGUGGCUCUCAGCUGCCAAAUGCAAAUGUCUCUAUGGAAGGAAGAGAGAAACAGCACAAUGCUUUACAAUCUGAGAUCACUAACAUGGAAAACACAAUUGUGAAUUUGAAAGAGGAACUAACUAAAGUGGAAAGUAGGGCAGCCAGUGCAGAAGUCAAGUGUAUGUUGUCGGCAGAGACUAAUUUGGAACUUAAAAAAGAGGUGGGCCAUCUUAAGUAUGCUUCAGAGAAAGUGGAUUCCUUAGAGAAGCAAUUGAGGGAAUCUGAUAUUAGGCUUCAGCAUGCAGUGGCUUCUGCUGAUGCCAGUCAGGAGAAGCAAAAUAUGUUGUAUGCUACAAUUAGGGAUAUGGGAAAUUUAAUUGAGGAUCUAAAGUUGAAAAUUCAGAAAGCAGAAGGUCGAGCAGACAGUACAGAGGACAAGUGCGUUGUAUUAUCUGAAUCAAAUGCUGAACUAAAUGAAGAACUGAGAUUUUUGAGGGGAAGGCUGGAAUGCUUGGAGAUAUCUUUGAAUCAAGCUGAAGAAGCAAAAAAUUUUGCUGCUAAGAAUAUUGGCUUACAGACUAAAGCAAUAAAAGAUUUGGUGAUGCAAUUGGCCAUUGAAAGAAAGCAUCUUCAUAAGCAGAUGACAUUCUUAGCACAUGAGAACAAAAGUUUGGUGCUGAAGUUACAGCAAACAAGAAAGGAUCCCUUUGUAUUUACCAACUGCAAUAUUGGAAAUGGUGAAAAACCUCCGUUUCCUGAGAAUGAAGUAACCAAGGUCUCAGAAUCAGGUUCCAAGUGUUCAGAGUUGGAUAAGAACCAGAAAGAUGUAUUUGUUGGUGAAACUAAAGUGACAGCUGGAGAUUCAUUUUUGGAGCCUGAAAAUGUAAGGAGAAUGGAUGCAGGAGUGCUCAACUAUAAGCAUGUUAUCAUGGCGGCACUCAUCUUGUUGAUUUCAGCAGCUGUUUACUCGUUUCAGCGGCAGGGCCUCCACUUAUGAUUGCGGAGAUCCUAACUUCUUUUUUUACCAUGUAAAUGAAGACUGGAAAGUAACAUAGAAGAGAAGUAUUAUCAUUUUCAGACAGAUCAGACUUGUGUGUGUGUGUGUGAGAGAGAGAGAGAGAGAGAGCGAGAGAGAGAGAGAGAGAGAGAGAAACAGAAAGAAGAUACUUAUUCCUUCAAGCAUCCAACCUAUCCUUACAGAAUAUGUUUGUUCUUCGUCAGCCUUUGUGGCACGAGCAAUGCAACCCUUACUUGCUUAACUCCUUUCCCCUGCAGGAAACCAAUAUCCUCUUAUCAAACAAGAGCAGCGAUGCCAGUAUUAUCAGUACUAUGCCAAACCAAGCGAAGUUAAUGGCUAUUUUUGGUCUGUUUUGUGUGACUACGUAUAAAAAGAAAAGUUCACUGCUCAUAUUUGCAUUAGUUGGCAUGUUGUAACCUUCCCAUUGAAAAACAAAAGGAAUAAGAGAUGCCAAAGGGGCAUCAGACUUUUGAGUA